AAAAGGAGGGCAGGCGUGGCAGGGCAUGUGUAAGGGUCGGUCUGUUUGUGUCGGGCCUGCGCUGGCACAACGACCAUUUCGCAACUUGCUUCGCCGCGCGCGCUCAUACAGAUAUGCACUGCACACCAACGCCAUCGUUUCUCGUGUACCCUGCCGACUACAGCAGCACAAGCAACAUGCCGACGGCGGCAUGGGCGCCGCCGGCGUUUGCGUACGCGUCGUACUCGACCAACAACGUGAUGCCGCCGACCACAUUGAGUGCCAAUAGCCCCGAAAAAUGCGCAUACAGAACUGGCAAAUGUUUCAACGUCCGCGCCAACAAGCGCAACGGGAUGCCACACAAACUGUGCGCUUUCCACCGGGAAAAAGCCAACUUGAACCAAAUGAAGCUCGACCAGAAGAAACGUCUGCGGCGCGGCAGCUGCGGCGACGACGAUAGCACCAGCUCGACGAGCUCGGCAGAACCUCCUCGCAAGCAGCCAUGUGUGACUCGACCAAGUUUGAGCGACCCCCAAGCGAUUCCCACUCGCCUGGACGAUGCCCCGCCAGUCCUCGCCGUCGACGAACUCGACUUUUUCUGCGACGCCAUGAGCCCCCGACAAACGAGACUCCUCCAACUCCAGCGCGCUGCCGCCGCGCAAUCCCAUUCUAUCUCCCUCGAGGUUGUUGUUUAGGUCGCCCAUGUUGAGCUCUCAGCAGCAAAUUCAUCCUGAAUGAGUUGUAUUUAAUGAACCCCCCCUCCCUUCUUC